GCUUUUUUGUCUACCUAGCUUGUACCUUACAGUAGCAGUACUAGGUUGGGUACGGCAAGUUACUGACGAAUUUGGGGGGGGGGGCAAGUCAUUACAUUACUAGCUAGGUACUGCUGUCGAGUAAUGCCGGUGCCUCCGAUCCAAAAUCUCACCGCACAUACCUUCCUUAGUACCGACAUAGAGGCUGUCCAGCUGCAGCAGAAACUCCCCCUUCCUGACUCUUCCUCUCUCCUUUCCUUCCUUUUCGCCUCAACCUCUCUCAUCUUGAUUCCCCCCCCGCUCCCCUUCCCCCUUGGUGCUUCUCGCGCCGUACGCUCUCUCACGAGAAGAGAGAAAGAGGAGAGGAAGUGAGCAAAGAAAGGGAACAAAGGCGCGACAAUGACCGCAGCAGACCUCUCCCCCGCCUCCGCCGCCGCCGCCGCGUCCGGCACCGUCGGCAGCCCAGCCACCCGCGUCAAGUCGGCCGCCUCAACCGUCAGCCAGCUCAAGUACCCGCGCGGACACCUGGGCUACCUGAGUCCCCACGAGGAGGACGCGUUGCAGCAGUUCAAGGUCGUCCUGGAGGACAGAGGCGUCUACAAGCCCGGCCCGCCGGCGUCGCAUGACGACCCAACGCUCCUGCGCUUCCUCCGCGCUCGGCGAUGGGUCGUCGAGGAUGCGUACAGGCAGUUCAAGGACACCGAGGACUGGCGCGAAGCCAACAGCAUCGACACCCUGUACAAGACGAUUGAGCUGGACGCCUACGAGCAGAGCCGCCGGCUGUAUCCCCAAUGGACCGGCCGUCGCGACCGCCGCGGCAUCCCGCUGUACGUGUUUGAGAUCAAGACGCUCGACAGCAAGACGGUCGCCGAGUACGAGCGCCUCGGCGCCAAGUCGACCUUCUCCGAGGCCAAGACGGACGGCAAGACGCCGCCGGGCCUGCUCCGCCUCUUCGCCCUGUACGAGAACCUGACGCGCUUCGCGCAGCCGUUUUGCACGCAGCUCAAGGACCGCGAGAGCCCCGACGUGCCCAUCACCAUGAGCACCAACAUUGUCGACAUCUCGGGCGUCGGCCUCAAGCAGUUCUGGAACCUCAAGGGCCACAUGCAGGCCGCCUCGCAGCUCGCCACCGCCCACUACCCCGAGACGCUCGACCGCAUCUUCAUCAUCGGUGCGCCCAUGUUCUUCAGCACCGUCUGGGGCUGGAUCAAGCGCUGGUUCGACCCCAUCACCGUCUCCAAGAUCUUCGUCCUGGGCGCCCACGAGGUCCGUCCCACCCUCGAGGCCUUCAUCGAGCCCGCCAACAUCCCCAAGAGGUACGGCGGCGAGCUCGACUACGAGUUUGGCCAGCUCGGCGUCCCGGACCCGGGCUGGGAGGGCGUCGUGCGGUGGGAGGAGGGCUUCGACAGGUUCCCCACGGGGCCGCUGCUGUGGGAGGACGUCGACGGCGACGAGAGGCUGGCCUGCGUCGCGUACGGCACCGAGGACGGCCAGCCCAGGCGGAAGCGCGUGUGCACGGUGCCCAAGACGUGGCCCUUGGACGAGGGCGUCGUCGACGACGAGGUCGCUGCCUCUGCCGCCGCGCCCCUGUCGGGAACCAACGGCGAGCCAACGACAGCGGCCGUGGGCGGAGGCGCCGCCACCAACGGUAUCACCGCGACGACCACAACGACGGACGUGACGGAGGGGACGCAGACGACGGACGCGCCGCGCACGCACGACGACGGCGUCCAGACCGACGACGUGGUGACCAACGGCACCGCCGUGGCAUCGCUGAGGCUCGACGAGAAGCAUCCCGAGAGCGGCAGCCCGCUCGCCUCGGCGGUGCCCACGACCGUGGCCUAGCAUGUCCGCGUGCGUGCGGCGACGCUCAGGUUGCUGGGCUGGCUGCUUGACGACGACUUCUUGCGGCGCUCACCGCAAAAGAGGGGGGGUCAACGGGCAUAGGGGUGUGAUUUGAUGGGAAUGGAUGGGAUGAGACGGGGGACGGGCAAGGAAAUACCACACUUUUCUCUGCUUUUUGCGACACAAACACGGUAUACCCAGAUGGUGGACAGUGAGAUUGGUGGAUACUGCGUCGUGCGAUUGAGCAUGGCAGGGCAUGGCAUGGAUGGGGUGGCUCGACAGAGGCACAUCUGGUAGAAUAGACGAGGUGUUCACGGGCCGGCGCGUUGUCCGUGAUGAAUGUAUGCGCCAUAAGGCGAGGGCGGCGGCGUUGAAGUCUGUUGCAGAGCCGUGGCUUUGCACAAUUUGCAUCGUGGCCACAGGGCUAUACGUAAUCUACACAUAUAUA